AUGGAUCACGCCUUUGGCGUCCUAUGUAAACCCAGCCCAGCCAUGGCCGACCAGCUGACAGAGGAACAGGUGGCCGAGUUCAGGGAGGCCUUCUGCCUGUUCGACAAGGACGGGGACGGCGCCAUCACCACCCAGGAGCUGGGCACCGUCAUGCGGUCCCUGGGCCAGAACCCCACAGAGGCCGAGCUCCGGGACAUGGUGGGCGAGAUCGACCGUGACGGCAACGGCUCCGUGGACUUCCCCGAGUUCCUGGGCAUGAUGGCCCGGCAGCUGAGGGGCAGGGACAGCGAGGAGCAGAUCCGGGAGGCCUUCCGCGUGUUCGACAAGGACGGCAACGGCCUGGUGAGCGCGGCCGAGCUGCGGCACGUGAUGACCAGGCUCGGGGAGAAGCUGAGCGACGACGAGGUGGACGAGAUGAUCCGGGCCGCCGAUGUGGACGGGGACGGCCAGGUCAACUACGAGGAGUUCGUGCACAUGCUGGUCUCCAAGUGA